AGUAGCCAAUCCGUUUCCGUCAUUUUGGGGCUCAUGUCCGCACAUGAGCCAGCAAAACGAAUGGACGGAGUGGAUUUCUCACAAACAUUAGGGUAGGCCCCACCUAGCUUCUGACGGCAGAAACUUCCGGUGUCGCAGGCAAUCCGCGUCCAUACGAUCAUCUCCCGGUACGGACGACUCCGGGAGGAGCUCUAUACUACGAGAAGAUUGGUAAUCUCUCAUCCCAGCAGAAGAAUGGUGCAGAUUCAUGUGAACCAGACCCCAGAAGAGCAGUUCCUCUAUGAGUGCCCAUGCACUUCCAGAAUCGAUUCCCUCACACGCGAUAUCACCCAAAUCUACAACCUUCAAUCCAAAAUCCAACGCCUCGUUCUGCGAGUGGAAGAACGAUUGCUCGCAAAUAGCAAAGAUUGCCUUCCAGAUGCUGCAAUAGCUCUAAAGAGAGCCUUAUCAGAAGCUAAGACUUAUGUGUCAAAGGACCAGGUUCUACAUAAAAAGCCCUUAUCGCCUCAUGUCUUGAAAGAUCAUAUUCAAAACAUAGAAAGGGAAAUCAUGAUUAAUCAGUCAGUGGCUUUCCUAGACUCUGAUUUAUUACAACAGCUCUCCUUAGAUGUUCCAGAUACAGACCUCCUGCAUGAAGAUAUUACUCAGCUUUGGUGGGCCGGGAAAGAGCUCAUGAGGGACAAACAACUAUGUGAUUAUGUUGGAAAAAAUGAGAAAACAAAGAUUGUAGUCAGGUUGCACCCACCUGGGUCAGGUCGGACACAACACUCUUAAAGCGAUUCCAAUAACCUGGAAGCAACUGCGAUAAUGCAUUACCCAAAAGAGCCAAAGGCACACUCCACUCAAACAUCGCAUGCAAUCUCUUGGUGUCGGCACCAUGUGCCGCAUCUCCAAGCAUACUGUCUUGUACUCUGCAUGCAUCUCCCCACUCAUUACCUGCUAAAAUGGUACUAUGAGGUCGAGCUUGGGCCCCACCGUGAUGUAUGUCGGACAUUUGAACCAUGCAUCAGAUGCACCCUCCCAUAAUGGGAUGUGGAUUGCGUGGUGACCUUGCCACCGCUAACUUCCAUGGUGGCAGGACUCUGUGGGGCCCACUGCGAUGUAUGUGUUUUUUCCAUGCCAUCCAUCUGUUUUUCCAGCUCAUUUUAGGCCGUGACCCCGAAAUUGAAACAUAUCCAAGGCUCACGUGGACCACACUACAAGAAACAGUGGGGAUUGAAUGCCUACUGUUGAAAACUUCUUGGAGGCCACAAAAUUUGUGGAUCAAGCUGAUUUAUGUGUUUUCCCUCCAUCUAGGUCUGUGUGACCUGAACAGGUUGGAUGACAAAUAAACAUCACCGUGGGCCCCAGGAAGGUUUUUAUAGUGGUUGUUCAAUCCCCACUGUUUUCUAUGGUUUGGUCCACUUGAGCCUGGAUAUGCUUCAAUUUUGGGCUCAUGGCCUACAAUGAGCUGGCAAAACGGAUGGACGGUGUUGAUAACACACAUAUGUCAUGGCAGGCUCCAUAGAGUCCUGCCACGAUGGAGGUUGGGGGCGGCAGGGUCACCACACAAUCUGCGUCCCCAUCAUGAGCCAUGGGCCCAUAAAUCAAGCCGAUCCAUGAUGUAGGUGGGCUACACCACAAGCAAUGUAUUCAAAAUCAGUUACGUAACCAUAACGGCCCGUUAUGGGGUCGAAAUGGCCGUUACAGGAAAAACAGGCCGUAAAGGCCCUAUAACAGUUUUUUCAAAAAAAUAAAAAAUAAAAAAAUUGUGGCCAUAACGGCCAAUGUAAUGGCCCAUAUCAUAACGGUAACAGUGGUGGCUGUUACGGCCACCGUUACUGUUUUGGAAUGCGUUGACCACAAAAAAUAGUUGAGAGUGGAAGAUCACCCAUUAAAACCUUCUUGAUUGUUUGUGGAGCCCACCGAGAUGUGGUUCAAAUAUCCAGCCCAUCAUCAUGUGCAUCCCGAUUGUAAAAAAUUAGGCCAUACCAAAAAUCAGGUGGGCCCCACCAAGUGAUUUUAGAUGUUUUAGGCAUGAUUUUGUAUGUUCCAAAUGGUGUGGCCCACUUGAGUUUCGGAUACAGCUCAUAUUUGAGACAUCCCUUAACCUGGAGGGGACCCAUCAGAUGCACGGUUCAAAAUGUCCAACACACAUCAUGGUGGGGCCCAUAUUAGUUCAACCUUAUGGAAAACUCCCAUGAGGUCGACCUCAUAGUACCUUUUCCCACUAUAUGCUUUCUUUUCUUUUUGUAUGGGAAAGCCUAAGAGAAGACUGUACCCACACUCUUGAAUGCACCAUUGGUUAACCAAAAAGAUUUCAAACAUCUGCAACAGCUGAAGUUGUUUUCUUGUGGGAUCCUUGUCUAUAUAUGAAUUCACCCUCUGAAUGGGAUUCUGAAAAUAAGUGUAAAACCAAAUACUUGAAAGCUUUGCCAAGCCCACAAGCAUGUACAAGUCAGCUAUUGCACAUAUGCGAGCAUGGUGCAAAAUCGAAACCAUCCAUCAGAAGGGUACCACUAUGUAGAUUCCAUCCCAAGAAUCAGGGUGGUCCACUGGUCAGGUGGGACCACAAUCAACUGAACUAAUGUACAGUUGUGAAAAAAAAAUAAAAAAUCAGCUGAAGUUUUCUAACCCAGCAACUUGUUUCUAAAAUCAUCACACACCUGCUGAAUGUGCCUAACUUUAUCAUUGGGAACUAACAUCUACAUGGUGAGGUCCACCUGAUGGUUUGCUUGGAUAUUUCACCUGUCUGCCAUGCUGGCCUGUGUGCAUUAGCUGGCUUGUACAAAGCGUGUGGGCUUAGAAAAGUUCAUGUUUACAUCAGGUCAUUGUCCACUGCAUGUGUGAAAGAAAGAAAUGGAAUGUGAUCACGAGUCUGUUUACUAUAUACAGGACUAGACUAUGCUGUGCCGUUUCUGCCAACCCCCAAGUUGUGGCAACACAACCAGCACAUAUCGCACGCCAAUCACGGCCGUCCAAAUAGUUGGCGACAUUGUGGGUGGAGCAUAUAGCCCAAAAAUCAUGCCGAUGGGGGGAUAAUAACUGCUUGAUUUUGCCUGUUGAAUAUGGACUGUUGAGCACUUUCUAGCUGUCCAUUUGAUGACCCAAAAUUGGAUAUUUAGGAUCGCCUGAUUGCCGACAUUUUUUAGCUAUGCUCAUCGACAUUGGGAUGUAAUUCGGACAGUUUGAAUUGUCUUGCAUGUAUUCCGUUGAAUAGUAGAUGAAUUUUCACAACUUUGUUGUCUGUGGCAAAUCAUACAUUGCAAUCUCCUUACUCUGGGCCAGAAGUUUGUGAGCUACCGGUUUUCAGUUUGGCAAGUCAGGGCCAUUAUUCAGUCAUCCAAACCGCUAAUAUGGCGGACCUCACUAUGAUUGCUCCACCCAACAAAUAGACAGCUAAAAAAGAAAAUUCUGCAAUGGUUCACAUUCAACCAAAAAGAAAAAAAGAACCAAAUAUUCUGUCUAUGAUGCUUCAAUCUGGGGUAGUUUUUGUGCAUGGGUCAUCCGCUGUGAGCCUCAUCAUGUCAAUGCCUCAGAUCACUGCCCAAAACUUUACUUUCUAGCACUGUAUAAAUUCCUAGAUUGCAAGUUUCAUAAUGUCCUUCUGCUGUAUGUUACUUGAAAUAUCCAUGCAGGACUAGAAAGAGGUUAUGAAAAGGGCCUACAGGAGAAAGUAGCCAAGGAAUCUGCUGUCUCCCCCUUCCUGUUUUUUUUUUUCUUCACCGCUUGUAAAUUACCCCUUCUUUACUGGAAGGACCUGCAGUGGAAUAAAGUGUUAGAAGAUGACAAGGUCCUUGCUGAAAAGCUCUGGUACUCCAAACAAAUGCUAAAAGCCAUAUCGGCAGCCCAGAAUCGUGGCGCACAUGUGUACAGCCAUAUUCCAUAACAGUAUCGGCCAGCUAGCUGGCCGGUUUUAUACAUGCUUUAUCAGCCGUUACAAGAUAUUAUGAAACUGGUGAGGAUUUCAAAUUUGUAUUCAUUUUUUGUUUUGGACAUGUAUUUGAUGGUCCAACUGUCCAUUGUUUGAUAAAAAUGUUCUGUUGGGAUGUGUUAGCUUCA